UUACUUUAAAUGAAGGGUAAUCGGAAAUCAACGUGUACUUGCGAUGUUUUUUGUGGCAUUCAAUUUGAAAAUAAAAUUCAACGGAUCGGACCGAAAAGUUGAGCUCUGAAGAAAACAUGGCCUCCGAACCCGAGUUCGUCGUUGAGCGGGUCGUUGCAAAGCGAAUCCGGCGCGGAAAGGCCCAGUACCAGAUCAAAUGGAAGGGAUGCGACGAUUCGGAAAACACUUGGGAACCGGAGGAAAAUCUCAACUGCCAGGAUCUUCUGGAGAAAUUUGCGCGCGAGGAAGGCGAGAAGCGGGCCAGCCGCGGCAAGCGACAGUCUUCGGCGGACUCCAACUCGAACAUGGAUCGGGCCGGAGAAGAUGUUGAGAAAGCACCGCCGAAACGGCAGAGUCGGCCGAGAGCGUCGAAAAGUUUGGCGCCGGAGGACACGGCCUCGCCUCCGGUGGUUCCGGCGGCCAAACGCACGAAGGCCAAAAAUGGCUUCGAAAAGGGACACGUGGCGGAGAAGUUGGAAGGUGUGACCGAGGAGGGCGGCGAACGGCUGUUCCUGGUUCGCUACAAGGGAGUCGACGAGGUGGAACUAGUUCCGUCCAGCAUCGCACGCCAGCACGUUCCGGAUCUUAUCAUUGAUUUUUACGAGAGCCGUAUCAUCUGGAACAACGCGGCCAAGAAGAGCGUGCAGUAAUAGCGAGCGAGUGAUACCAUUUAUGUAUAUUCAUGAAACUUGAAUAAAAUAACUUUUAUUGGUCUAA